AUGUCUGGGGUUCUCCAAAAUGGAUCAGGUGAUGGAAGUCAUUCCAGCUCCAAUGCUGUUAGUGUUGAGAAAGUCACUUUAAGCAACGACCAAAAUCAUGGGUCAAAGGUCCUCCAAUUCAAUGAGCAGACGAAUUACGUACCUAGACGGACAAUCAUCACUAUCUUUCUAGCUUGCGCUAGCGUGGAUUUUGUGUCAUUGAUGGACCAGACCACAUUGGCAUCGUGUCUGUAUAUCAUUGCCAGUUCCCUAGGAGCGAGUAACCAGGCAUCUUGGAUCUCCGGUUCUUAUUUUGUAACUUCAACAUGCUUCCAACUCCUCUAUGGAAAGCUAUCCGACAUCUGGUCUCGAAAGAUUGUACUAUUCGUCGGAUUGGGAAUAUUCUUCAUCGGAUCACUAGCAGCUUCAUUAGCUCAAACGGUCACUCAGUUGAUCGUCUUCCGCGCCUUGACGGGUAUAGGAGGCGGCGGGCUGAUAACCCUCGCGCAGAUGAUCGUUAGUGACGUUGUUCCGCUCCGCGAACGCGGCAAGUAUCAAGGGAUCAUGGGCGCAGUCGUGGCGAUCGCUAAUGGUGUCGGGCCCAUUAUCGGCGGAGCGUUAGCAUCCAUAUCGCAUGAUUCAUGGCGAUGGAUCUUCCGAUUGAAUCUGCCGUUGACUGCUAUUUGUUCAGCGUGCGUGUAUUUCUAUAUGCCGUUACGCGAGGUGGAAGGGGACUGGAGGCUAAAGGUCAAGGCCAUUGAUUUUGUUGGAGUGAUACUUGCUCUUGGAGGAACUGCGGUUUUCUUCUUGGGUUUGAAUUGGGGUGGGAAUGAGUAUGCGUGGGACUCUCCACAUGUUAUCGCGACUCUGGUGGUUGGGUUUGUCGUUUCCAUUCUGUUUGUGCUGUGGCAGUGGAAAGGUGCCGUUGUGCCUUUGAUUCCGCUUCAUAUCUUCCGCAAUCGAAUUGUGAAUGGGUGCACUGCUACUUUUUUCAUCCAGGGCUGGAACAAUCUGACUAUGAUCUACUAUAUUCCCACUUUUUUCCAGUUGGUCUAUAAUUACAGCACUGUGAAGGCCGCUGCUAUGUUGGUUCCAAUGAUUGUGGUGCAAAGCUUCGGUAGUACCAUCUCAGGUCUAAUCGUGCACUGGUUAGGUCGGUACAAAGACUGCAUCCUCUUUGGAUACUCUGCCUGGGCAAUUGGUCUCGGUCUCUACUCAACAUUAGAUGAAUCAUCGGGACUUGGGAAGCAAGUUGGCUAUGCCAUUUUGACCGGAGCUGGCAUCGGAUGUACUUUGCAGCCAUCUCUUAUUGCCAUGCAAGCCGGUGUCGAGCGUCGAGAUAUGGCAGUUAUCACUUCAUUCCGCAGUUUCAUUCGAAAUCUCGGUGGCACUCUGGGUAUUGUGAUCAGUGGAACAAUCCUUAACAACAUCAUCUCAUUCUCUGUAUUGGACCUCGGCCUCUCCACAUCCGACUCACGUUCCCUGUUAGCAAGCCCCUCAACUUUCUUAUCAACCCAAUCUACAGAAGACGCUGCACGCAUUCGCAGUGUCUUGAUUCCGGCGUACCGAAAGGGCUUCCGGGUUAUUUUCUUGAUUGGGGCAGGGUUAUCAGUAUUGGCGGUCUUGGUUGCGGGCUGGCUUAUACCCCAGAUUGGAUUGAACAGAGCCGAUGAUGACGCCUUGAAGGAGGAAGGAAAGAAGAGGGCUAAAAACGGACUUGAUCUGGAGAAAGAGCACGUACAGGCUGAGAAAGGCCAUUGA